AUGGCGUCGCGGGACCGCGUGGCGCAGGCCAAGUCCCGGGCGGAGAGGUCGCGCCCGGCCACCGUGCCGGUGCCGCAGGUGGACGUCGUGCCGGGGCGCCUGUCGGAGGCCGAGUGGCUCUCGCUCCUGGCCGGCGAGGAGGCCGAGGACGGCGUCGGGGACAUCCUGGCCGCGCUCCUCGACCUGGCGCUGGACGCCUGCUACAAGGUCCACCUGGCCCGGCAGCGCAUCCCAUACGUCAUCAACCAGGCGCGGGAAGCCAUGGUGCAGAUCAUCGAGUGGCGCUUCUUGGUGCGCGAUGGGGGCGAGGCGGAUGUCUCGGCAGACCCCACAUGGCAGGAGGACGAGGAGCCCGUGGCCUGCAUCACCGAUUCGUGGGCUCAGGGCUCUGUGCCCGUGUUGCAGCCCACGCCACGCCCAAAGGAGGCGGCAGAGGCUCCUCCAGCUGUACCCCCCGAGGAAGCUGCUGCUGCUGCUGCUUCCCUGGAAGUGCCUUGCGAGGGGGGUGCUGCUCCCCCUCCCCGGGUGCUGUCCUGGCAGCCCUCACAAGAACAGACCAGACUUGGCAAGGGGCUGCCGGGGACCCCGCUGGACUCCUCCUCCCUGAUUCAGGCCAGCACCUCUUCCAAGGGAAGGAAAGGAGGUGCGGGAGGUUCCCAGAGCACGACCUGGCUGGAGAGCCGCAAGGAGCUGCCCAGCAAGUGUGAGAAGCCGCGGCCCUUGCAAGAGCCCUCCUGGUCCUCCGCGGAGGAGAGGACCCGCAGCGCCUCGGACAGUCCCCGCCAGCUCUUGCCUCACUCCUGCAGCAACCUGCUGCGGAUCCAGCUGGGCCGGCCGCCUAACAUCAAGGACGUGCUCUACGACGAGGCCGGCAACAUCACGGCGGUGCCCCGGCUGGACCCCGCCCGCCUGCCCAAGCGCUGGGUCAAGCCCUCCGUGGAGGUCGUGGACCCGAACGUGGAGUCCCUGCGGCAAGAGGCCCUCAAGACCGUCUCAGGCCGCUGCAAGCAGCGCCCUCGCCCUGGGCCCCCCCGGGUGGGGGCAGACGCCGUGGACCGGACGUGCAUGGUGGGGCUGGGGGGUGGGCUGGCCAGGGCGAGCAGGAAGCGGCUCCCCGAGCAGAUGGCUCCCCCCCCUCCUCCCCAGGGGAGGACUCUGGAGCCCACCGGCCUCAUCUUUGUCAAGCCCACCCUGCUGGCGGAGCACGUGGAGCUCGCUCCGGGGGUGACCAUGAGGGGCCGAGGAGGCAGCAAGCGGCGGGGAGUCAGGCCGGCUGCCCCUCCCGAGGAGACCGAGGGCACGCGCAAGGAGCUGAAACCCAUGUCCCCCCGGGUGCCGUUUCUCCCUGCUGUUGCUGUGGAGAAGGUUGUGAACGAGCCACGGACCCUGCCACGGAUGCUGCCUGGGGCCCUGCUGCUGCCCAGCAGCCCUCAGCUCUCCCACUGA